AUGGCUUUACAAACGACCAAUACAUGGGAGACACUGGCGCAACUGUUGCCCUCGCGCAAUCAUGAUCAGGACUUUUGGUGGAAGGUGACAGGGCGCCAGCUGGCUGUGUUGUUGGAGGCGGCCGGCUAUCCUAUUGAGAGACAGUACAACACUCUCUUGUUUCACUAUCACUGGGCGAUUCCAUACCUGGGACCAGCUCCUGCAAGUGGUGUAGCCAAAUGGCCGUCGCAGCUAUCUGUUGACGGGUCUCCAAUUGAGUAUUCGUGGAAAUGGAACACAAAGUCAAAGGCGCCUGAUGUGCGGUAUACCAUGGAGCCUAUGAGCGAGUUUACGGGCACAAAGUUGGACCCGCUUAACCAGCGCGCGUUCCGCGAGCUGCUGCACAAGCUUAGCCAGUUCGUGCCUGACGUCGAUUUAGCACCGACUGAUUACUUUAUGUCUACCCUGUUCGAUCAUGACAGGUCAGUGCUGAUGAAGGCGGUUGACGAUGGCGUGCCGUUGCAGUUUUCUAGCACUGCUCUUGCAUUCGAGUUUCUAGACAAGGGCCUUUUGCUCAAGACGUAUUACGCGCCCCGCAAACUGGAGACAGGUCACUUUGUCCUGAAGGACUGGGACACGGCUAUUCGCGGCUAUUACCCCGAGAGCAAGGCGCUGGAUAUCGUGUAUGAGUUCCUGAAGACAAGCCCCGAGGGCGAACUUAUGAACCCGUACCAUCUCGCCGUCGACAACGUCAAAGACGGACGGCUCAAAUUCUAUUUCCAGUCGCCUCACCGCACCUUUACUUCGGUCCGCGAGAUCUUGACCAUCGGCGGGCGUGUACAGCGCGAGGGCUUAGAAGAGCAACUCCUCUCCCUGCGCGAUCUCCUCAACGCACUGACCGGCCAGUCUCCCGACUUCCCCGAAGACGGCGAGCCCCCGAUCGUCGAGGAAGACGUCACCGCCGACUUAGACACAGACGGCCACCCGGAACUCAUGUCCGGAUAUCUAUACUACUUCGACAUCGCCCCCGGCGCGGCCCUACCCGAGAUCCGCUUCUACGUCCCCAUCCGCCGGUACUGCAAGAGCGAUCUGGACCUGGCGCAAUCGCUCACGGCCUGGAUGGCAGCGAACGGCCGUGGCACGUACUGCCAGCAGUACUUGGACCUAGUCCACAGUCUGGCCGAGCACCGUGAGAUAUCAAAGGAUCGGGGGCUGCAGCGGUACAUCGCUUGCCUGUUGGCAAAGAAUGGGGAGAUUGAGGUGACGACGUAUUUGGCACCAGAGACGUAUGAGCAGGUCAGGCGUUCGCAGAAAACUGCGGUAUAAAUAUGGAUUAUGGGAAAUGUGAUGUG